AUGGGCAACAAGCAGAGCCUGAAAGCCCACACUGAGAACGCCCAGCGGACGGGCGUCUUCCAGAUGACCAACUCGAAGCUGCAGGAGGUGCCGCAGGCGCUCUUUGCCGUCAAGACGCUGCGCUCGAUUGACCUGUCGAACAACAAGCUGAAGGAGCUGCCGCCCGCAUUCGGCACCUUCACCGCGCUGCGAACACUGCUGCUCAACGGCAAUCAGCUGACCUCAUUACCGGAGGAAGUGUGCCAGCUGGUGAAACUGGAAACGCUCUCACUUGCCGGCAACAACCUCAGCUCGCUGCCGUUGGGCUUCUCCAAUUUGAGGUCACUGCGGACGAUUGAUCUGUCCCGCAACCGCCUGGACGCCUUUCCCGUGCGCCAGUUGGCCAACCUCCGCCAGCUCGACUUUGUUGACCUCUCCAAAAAUAACAUCGCCGCGGUGCCGGCCGGCGUGGCCGACAUCCAGGCCUGCGAGAUUAAUCUGAACGAGAAUCAGCUGCGGGAGAUCUCCGACGACCUGGCCGCCUGUCCGCGCCUCAAGGUGCUGCGCGUCCAGGAGAACUGCCUGGCGCUGGAGGAGCUCACUCGGAAGAUACUGCCCGACUCGAAUGUUUCGCUGCUGGCCGCCGAGGGGAACCUCUUCGACAUGAAGCAGCUGCACGAGGACCCCGGCUACGACAAGUACAUGGAGAGGUACACUGCCACCAAGAAAAAGCUCUAA